CCCGCGAGAGAAUCUAUUGUGAAGUUGCGUAACUGCACGCGCGCUCGGAGCGUCCCCGUUGCCCGGCCAACACUCAAUGGGAUGGGUACUCUGCUUAUCUGGUUAAUGCACAUUAUUGUGCCUUAAAUAUGCUCACCAACAAAACAGUUGAAACACAGCACGGCCAGUACACCAACGCGAUUUGUGUGUGUACAUCGAAAUCCGACAACCGAUCAGCCUUAACUGACGUGAGGGAAUCAAAGUCAGAAUGCCGGAAUCGGUUGAAGUAGAUGCCCCCUACUACGUGAACAACUACCCGUCCCUUCGGAGGGUACAACUAGCUGCCGUCAAGGAGGGCCUGUACCACCCAAAGCUACCCACCUUUCGUCGAAUGGACAUGGACACGGCGGCCCACAAACUACCGGACGAGCACUGUCGGACUACAAGCCAAUGUGGGCCAGAUGACUUCAAGAAUGCUACCGUUACAUACUUCAGACCAAGCACAACCCGAUAUGCUGGAGCGAAUAUCACCGACACGGGAAGAAGACUUCGUGAAACGCUGAAAGACGAAAUUGGAACAUUAAAAAUUGACUGGUCGCAGGCCAAGGAGAUUACGCAGCUGCCAACAUUUGAAAAGAAAGGCGACCUGAGAUUCACAGGUUACGCUGUACGAUACCUGAAACCAAGCAUAACUGCAUCGUGGAGGUACACAUUCAGGCAAGAACCAAAGCUGGACCAAUACGGACAACGCCCAGUACCGGCAAACAUCUUCAGCCGAUACCGGGACACGUUCCCACAGUACAGCCGAAAUGUUGCCACCGAUUGCUUCCGUUAGUCACCGUCUGCAAGGGAGAGGCGAUGUAGUGCCUGGCAUUACCACCUGUGUAUUUCACGCCUUUUAUCUGCAGAUGAUUUUGGUCGAGAGAACGAAUUAUUGAAAAUAUUGAAAUCUAUGUUUUUUCAUCCACUGCACUGGCUUAAGUUGCGAUUUUGCCAAGGAUUUUUUAAUUUCUGGAAAUUUGUUGGAAAAGUGCCAGUCAAUCGCGUUUUUGUUGGUAUAGCAUAUGUGUAUAAAGUGUAUGAUAUUUUGGUGGCAAAAUGCCGUGAAUGCAGUGUCCGGUAAGUUUUGAAAUAAGUGACUAUAUUGAAAAUGAGGUUGUAAAAGUCAAUUCAAUUCACCACAGGCAAUACAAUGGAAUGGACACCGAAAUGAGUGUCUCUUGAAGUCGUGGCGUUGUGCUUGUGUUUUGUGUGGUUUUUGUGUAUUGAAAGAAUGUUCUUUAGGUUACGUUCCAAGAAUGAAAUCAUGAGCCUUUCCGUAUGCCGCAUUCUAGUCCAGGACUGUUGUAAUGAAUACUGUCUGCUACUUCUGCAUACGGACCAGAGGCGCACUUAAAACGCCAAUAGGCCUACAUUUACAUGUUUAAACAGCCUCCUUUUGCGCCUUUUUCCAACCAAUUGAUAAGACCUGUUUUUUUUUUCUUCUUUUGGAGGGUCUUUUGCUUACAUAUGCUGUUUUAUACAUGCAGUACAAAACACGGUUUGGGUGGGAUGCGUUAAAAGUGCUGACGAGAGUCCAAUGAUAAUCAGGGUUCAGAAGAGGACGCUAUUUCCCAGAAAUGUUGAAACAAGGAAAACGGUGGCACUACAUUAUAUUUGAUAACAUUUUCAGAAUAAUCUUGUUGAGCAUUUUUGUAACUGUAAGUUAGAUUAUUCAAUGCAUAUAUUUUAAUUCUCGGACCAGUAGAGUGACUGAACCGUUGUGCGUCGUCUGCAGCUACUGGGGAACGAUAGUAUUAUCGGUCGAUCCACUGCGUGAGCCAUAGAAGUACAAAAGGCCCUUUUCACGGGAAUUUACACUUCUCCAUUUUAUAGGAGAGCAUCGAGUGAGGGUAAUGAUAUAGGCCCAUAGUAAAUAACUUGACCCAAUACUGACUCCACUGAACAAAUAAGCUUUUCAUAUGUUGACUCAACGCGUUGAUAACCCAGAUGGUAAGUGUGAGCUGCAGCCAGGUUGUGCACUAUUCACUUACUCAAGUCAACCGUUUACAUUUUGAGCGAAUUCACUUACUCAAGCCAACCGUUUACAUUUUGAGCGAAUUGUUUUGUUGUUAAACCUCAAGGUUUUGCGCUCAUAAAAUAGAUUUCUGAUCGAGAGCUGUCAUCAUUAAAUGGAAGGCCUAUUAAAGGAAUUCAUAUAAAUUGGAAAUUUG